GGAAGAUAGGCCACCCGUAUAAAAGUCCGGAGCCGAGGUCCUCAGGGCCCCGUAGCGUAGAACUCGGCAACAAGUGAUCAUGAGCGAGAGUAUAAUGGCAUAUUUCCUCGUCCUGUGCACCGUACUUGUUGCAGUCAACCAGGCUCAAGGGUUGGUGAGUUCGAACGCGAGGAGCAGACGAGAGACAAAAGGACUCUUCCCGUUCCCGAGAGUGGGGCGGCGGGGAGGAGAAAUGGCCUGGAUGCUCGGUUCAAAUGACCUGAUGGAUCGACAAGUGAAAAAGCAAGGAUUAAUGGCUUUUCCGCGAGUUGGGAGGAGCGGCAACGCAUUCAACGACCGAGUGGAAGGUGGCGCACUCUGGAUUGGCCCCCGGUUAGGCAGAGACAUCAGGCUCAACAUCCCAAAAGACAUCUCACCCUGGACUCUCAUCACGCUGAGAGAAUUCGAAGCACCCCCCGAGAGCGAAACAAACGGCGCCCCGCACGAGACUCGGGAGGAGAUCUUCGACUACGACCUCCAGGCGUCGCCCAAGCAACAGGACAUCUCCAAUAACAUUAGCCACUGAAACUAAGUCAUUGUUCAUAUCUUUAUUUUUAUCUUCUUGUUCCCCUUCAUUUUUUAAAAAAUAAAAUUACCACCUAGUUA